UGGAGCAGCAGCCGGCAGCACCCAGGGGUCCAGCAGCACCUGGCUCCUAUCGAUGGCCCCGGUGCUGCCGUGGGGUUUGGCUGCUGCUGCACCCAUUGGGUUCCUGCUAUUGCUGUUCUUCUGCGCCUUCUGCCCCAGGGCGAGCGGACGCCUCUCCACCCAGAGCAACGCAGGGAAUUCCGGGCUGGUGACGCUGUCGGGACCGGGCUGCAGAGAUGGGGAAGGAGCGCUGCUGGGAGGUGCAUCGCCUUGCAGCAGGACAGACGUCACCAGUGAGGGGAACACGGACAUCUCUGGGUCACCACACCCCAACACAUCCCCUAAAUCCUCCCCGAGGACCUCAGACUUCCUCCGUCACAGGCAGCUCCCGCUGCUGCCCGGUGACACCGCGGAGCCCGCAGUGGACGCAGUGCAGGAUGCCCAGGGGUCCAUCUACGAAAGCAUCCGCUACAAAUCCCAGAAGCUCAGUGCUGGGCUGGAGAAGCCCUAUAGGGACGAUGGGGACGAUGGGGACGGUGGGGACCCAGUGCAGUGCUUUGUUGUGCAAGAGGAGCCGUGCAGCCCAGGCAGCCCCAUACCUGUGUAUGCUCGUGUCUGCAAAGUGUCCCGGGCACCACAGCACACGGUACCCAACAGCAUUGAGCCCGAGGAAGAGGCUGCUCCAGCACUGCCAGAGAAGCGCUUUGACAUCCUAUAGGAUGAGAUGGAGGGAUCUCAGGAUUGGACACUGGGAAAAAGCUGGGUGCUAGGGAAAGGUUCUGCCCCAGAGCGUGGAGGGCAUGGAACAGCUCCCCAGGGCACAGCCCUGACCUGCUGGAGCUCAGGGAGCAUCGGGACACCACUCUUAGACACUGGCUUUGAGUUCUGAGUGUGCUGCUGGGAUGUCCCCACACAUCUGCAGCCCUGGGACCGGCUUGGUGCUCACCGUGCACUGAUGGAGUAUGGGCAACUCAGGGUCUUCUCAGAGCUUUCCCCCCAAAAUACCAAGCUGCAUCCCACGGGGGCACAGCAUAAUUCCCUGUGUCACCAGGCUGGGCUUUGCUCUGCUUCAAGCAGCGGCUUUGCUGGGGCUGAGUCAGAUGGAGCAGAAAGGGAUUUUGCUUUAAAGGAAAAAAAAUAACAACUAAGAAGAAGAAUACGCCUUUGACAUGACUCCUGGCACAGGAGCUGGGGACGUUUCUGUUCUCACGUGUCGAUGGCUGGCGCCAUGCUGCAUGGGGUGACUCAUUUCAGUGCAAGAUCUGGGGAGAUCUCAGAGCCAGGGGAAAUCAGGGACAUUACUCAUCCCUCUGCUCAGCACUUCUUAAUGUUCCCAGAGGUGCCCUCGGUCACUGCAGGGGCAGUGCUGGGGGAAAUCCCAGUGCUGCAGGGUCCAGAAGUGUCCGUGUGCUGAGUGCUCCCCAGUAACAUAUGGGCAUGGCCCCAUUUUCAGCUGUUAGAUAAUCACUUCCAGUGCACACGAUGGUGUUGCUCACCUGCUGUCCUAUACACUUACCUGCCUUCCUAUAUGUUCAUUCACCACCUCAGCCUCCUGCCUCCUAUAUGCAUGUCUACCUUCCUAAACACACCUGCAUUCCUACAUGCUCGCUGCAUGUUCACCUGCCUCCACGUACGCCUCUCUCUAUACCCAUCUGCCUUCCUGUACAGUUAUCCCCCUAUAAGCUCACAUUAGGCAUGAAGGGGAGCCCAAAGGUGGGCUGUUUGGGGAAUAUUCACAAGAACUUCUAAAAUUGCUGCCUGAGAGAUGCAACACAGGCAGUGAUAGGGCAGUGUCAGAUCCCGGAGUGGCUCCCUAGCAAAAGCAAGCAGGUUGCAGGGCUGUGCCUUGCCCGAUGUUACUGCCAAGUGUUACCGGCUUUCUUUGCGUGCCGCUCAAAGGACAAGUUGGUUAAUGAUUAAUUCUGUAUCCUGAAUGAAGCGGUGGGGAAGAACUGGGACUGGCUGGGUGGUGAACAGCUCUUCAUGGAGCUCCCAGCCAGUUUGGGAAGGGAGGAGAUUUGGGUAAGGAGACUUGCUAACAUCCUCCAGAAGGGUAUUCCAGCUCGCAAGGGUUGGACAAGAAAGGCUUGGCUGGGAUUUCAGCUGCUGCAAAGCACUCUCACUUCUUCACCCUUAUAGAGAAGGAAAACUCACCAGCACCAAGCACCCACAAUUUCAUAGAGCUCUGCCAUCUUCCUCUCCACCCAGCCCACGUGGAUCACCAUUCUCCUCAUGCAUCACACCCAAGAGAGCUUUUGCACAUAAAGGAGCUUCUCCACACAGCCAAUCAUCCCCAUCAUAUUCUCCAAAUAAGACCACGCUGGGCUGUCAACCCAGACACAGAGCUCCACAGAGGAGCUCCAGCUUGUGUCCAUUGCUUGGAGUUCCACAUUUGGAACAUUUGGAACAUUUCUGGACAUGAGGAAGUAUUACUUUUCAGAAAGGGUGGUCAGGCACUGCAAUGGAUGCCC